AUGAGCAACCGCCGUAUCUUCCGGGCCGGGUCGGUCUCAAUCAACUUACCUCGCUUCGGCUGGGAACCGACACAGGGUGGGCAGAACAACAACUCGCCUCCGCCGUCGUACCAGGCCAUACCGCAACCAAAUGCACUGUCGCCAGCCCCGCCCAUCCCAUCCGCAACGGUCCCAGCUCCAGUUCUCCCACUCCCGCUCCCGCCAUCCGCAGAACAACCGGCUCCAGCCCCGGUGUCCGCGCAACCGCCCCCACCUCCGGGACAAGUCCCGGUGUCCUCCCCACCAGCAGCUCGUUCCCCGGUGGCAUCCGCUACCGCUCCCGCAAGUACGGGCCCGGGAGUGCAGGAUGGACCCGAGAGGGGCGAGGUCGAGCAUGUCGUCGCGAGUUCCACAGUGGCGAGUUCCACGGCUGCGAUGGUCUUCUUUGACCGUUUCCACAUCUACGGCUAUGACCGCCUGUCGCUCAAGGAACCCCCACCACCACCGCCCGCUGUCACUGUCAAAGACGAGACGCGGUCGCUCAGCUUUUGUGCAACCCGUCUCGACCCGAUAUCUGCCAGUGUAGUCGACUCGGCGGUCGCGUGGGCAGGUCGGUCAGACAUUCAGGUAGUGUGGAUCCGCCUGACGGCCGACGACACGAAAUCUGUUUCCUGUGAUGUCGCAUUCCUUAUCAACAGCACCGUCCUCACACCAUUUGACCUCCACCCCCAAGUUUCCAAGCAGAAGGAGCUCCUCAAAUCGCUCAGCCGGCCGUGGCUCCAGACCAUUGUGAGCACGGGCACUGUUGGUGUCGACUACCCUGGCGACAUUGUGUUCAAGAAGGCCCUCUCGAAUAACAAUAUGACCAUUGCGGGAAUUGAUUGGACGGCGCACACGUUCAAGAACGAGGGCCGGCGUGAUCCGUGGAUUCGUCAGCUCAAGGACCAGACCCGGGCGACUCUCGGCCCUCCAGGCUCGUUGGACAUCUUUGCGUGCGAGUUCGCAAGGCCGGACAGGCCUACGGUCGUGGCUUCGGCGGCGGGCUCAUGUGCGCCGCUGUCGUUCAAGGGGAUGGCUGGCGAGGCGCUUGACGCACACACCACCACGUUCCUACAGAGUGCCGUGCCGACAUUGCGUGGCAUCGUCGACGAUAUCAUGUCGUAUCCAUUUACGUCUGCCAUCGACAUGAUUUCCAUCUGUCUCCUCCAUAUAAGGGGCAAGGGCUCGACCGUCCGCAUCGACGUCACCGACGCCUCUGCAACUCUUAUUUCCAACCCACUGUCUGCAUCUCACGUGAACCCGAAUGGGCUGCAGGAAAAGGUUGCGAAACGCUGGGCCGACCUCUGUCGCCAGGGAGUGCCCGAGUAUGAUCACCCGGCGAUGAUUGCGCUCGGCGCCUCGCCCAAGGGCGCAAGGACAAUCGACCAAGUGUCGACCAAGGUCGUAUGGCGCGAGGCAACGAUGCUAGCACCGCAGCGCGGCUUUGUGGGCCGAACAUAUGCCACGCGGCCAGGUGACCAUGUUGAGAGUCAUCGGAGCCCAUCAGUCCGCGAUACUGCCCACAGACCUUCUCGCGAUAGUAUCGUUAUCAAUGCCGACGAGAUUCCAGGCUUCAUCAACGAUGUUUUAGCCAGCGCAUUCGCAUCCUCUGGCAUUGAGAUAGUACCCGGUCCCAUUGCGGGAAAUCGGCCACCUCCCUACGAAACCAGCCCCCCUCUUCCCGAUGUUGCAGUUGCGGCUAGCCCUCGUUCUACCGCUGCUCUCUCGCCACAGCCCAACGUCACUGGGUCCCCUCUUCCUAACGCUUAUAGCCCGCCGCUGCCCAACGUCACUAGCCCGCCGCUGCCCAACGUCGCUAGCCCGCCGCUUCCCAACGCGGCUGGUCCCACUUUCCCCACCGUGGCUAGCCCUGUCUCCACACUGGCCAGCCCUCCCCUCUCCAGCAUGGUCAGCCCUCCCCUCUCCAGCAUGGCCAGCCCUCCCGCCAACCACUUGCCCAUGGAUCUUUGCCUCUCUGCGCAGCCUCCAAAGUGGUCGGGCGGAACCAUGCCACCGUUCCGAUACCAGGGGCUCGGAGGACGAAUUCUCGAGGAACCCACGGCCUCAUUCGUCAAUCGCGCCAAAGCGGACAUUGGUGCCAUAGUGGCCUAUGUUGUCGACUGGCCCCCAACCAUGCGCACAAUCGAGCAAGCCACAGUUACUCUCUUACACAUAGCCGGCCGGGGAGUGAGCGGGCGAGUCCUACUCAAGGACACAAUGGGUAACAACAUCACUACCUGGACCAACGCCACUUACAUCAACUGGGGCAUGCUGCCGCAGGUCGUUGUGCAGCGGUGGUACGAUCUGUGUCGCCGGGGCAUGCCGGGCGUUGACCACCCGGAAAUGUUCACGUUCACAGUCUACCCCAAGAACACUCAGACAGUCAGCGUCGUCUCGGCGGAUGCCUACUGGGAGCAGGCAGCGUUGGAGCUGGAAACCUCCGUUGAAUCGAUAUACGCCGAGAGGGCAGGUAUCCCUGUUGACGCGGGGCCAGCGCAGGCCUCAGCUCCUUCAGCUCCUGUUCGCGGAGCCACGAUGCCGACACCAGCCGUGCCAGCACAUCGAGCUCCGGUGCACUGGCAGCACUGA